AUGGAUGCAGUCGAUGCCACAGCUCACUAUGAAGUGGUCACCUCGGAGGAGGCACCCUCGCUCCUGACGAUAAUCCUCGACACGAACCCCCGUGCCUGGGCCGCCCUCUCCUCCACCCUGCCCCUCAGCCGCGCCAUCGCCAACAUCCUCGUCUUUGCAAACUCGCACCUCGCCUUCAGCAGCGGCAACCGAGUGGCCGUCAUCGCAUCCCACAGCCACCGCGCCGAGUGGCUCUACCCGUCACCCUCCUCGAGCCAGCCCCAGAGGACGCGGCCGUCCGGUGGCGCCGGUGGUGAAGAUGUCGACAUGACGGAUGCCCCGGCCGCCGCCGCCGCCGCCGCCACUACUGACGGAGCGACGACCAAGACAUCGGCCAACAAGUUCCCGCAGUUCGCGGAAGUCGAGACCAGCUUGCUCAAGGCGACGAGGGAGCUCAUCGCGAGCACGGCAGAGGCAGACCUCGGCGAGACGACGACCCUGAUAUCCGGCGCCCUCACCCUGGCCCUCGCACACAUCAACAAGACCUCCCUCGCCUUCCCGUCCACGCGGUCAGGCUCCGCCACAGAUACCAAGGGCACGCGGUCCAAGGCCGCCGAGAAGGCCGGCCUCGACGCCCGCAUCCUCAUCAUCUCCGUCUCCGACUCGAGCCCGGCGCAAUACAUCCCCACGAUGAACGCCGUCUUCGCCGCCUCCCACUCGGGCAUCGCCAUUGACGUGCUGUCCCUGCGCGGCACGGCGACCUUCCUCCAGCAGGCCUCCUUCAUCACGCGAGGCACCUUCCUGUCCGCCGAGGACCCGCAGGGCCUGCUCACAUAUCUGAUGUUCGGCUUCGGCGCGACGUCGAGCAGCGAGGACGCCUCGAGCCUGAUAUCCCCGAGCACCGACGUGGUCGACUUUAGAGCUGCGUGCUUCUGCCACAGGAAGGUGGUAGACACGGGCUUCGUAUGCAGCAUCUGCCUGAGCAUAUUUUGCGAGGUGCCAGAGGGUGCAGAGUGUCUGACGUGCGGGACAAAACUCGCCCUGGGCUCCUACGGCGCCAAGCCAGCCGUUGUGCCCCGGGUCAGGAGGAAGAAGAAGCGGCGGAUCGGUAUCAACGGGGAGACGCGAGAGGAGACGGGUAGUGCCGCUGGGACUCCGCUCCCUGCUUGA